AUGGCGUUCAACUGUUCCACCGUCCCCGAGACGACAAACACCGACGCGGGAGUAGCAGGUGCAGGCACCCUCCUCUCCUUCAUAAUAACCAACAUCCUCUCCAUCCUCCUCUCCGCCACCAUCAUCCUACUCGGCCUACGAAAAUCCACCUCCGCCCCCAUCAGCCGCAAACUGCUGCAAUCCUUCUCCGACCAACAGAUCCUCACCGGAAUCGGCAUCCAAUCCGUCGGCCUCGCAAAGAUGAAAACAAUGGUACCCUACCACUUCUUCAUCAUCUGGCUCCUCUCCCUCCUCUCCACCGCCACAAACCUCGCCACCCUCCUCGCCCUCGUCAACGACUUCAAGCGCGACUGGGUGCUACGCUGGAUCCGGCAAAUCCUCAUGCUCGUAAACAUGUUCCUGGGCAUCCUCUCUGGGGUAUUCAUCCUACAGACGGUCAUGAAAGACAUGGAGCCCAGAUUACCGAUUGCGUGUGUGUGGGAGGUAGAGAGCAAAGGCCGGAGCGGAAACGCCGCGCUUUCCAUCGCCGGCACCAUCGCCGUCAUCGCAGGCCAAGUCAUCACAUUCGGCUUCGCAACAUGGUACCUGCACAACCGCUCCAACCCCAAAUGGCUCAAAACCGUGCAAGUCGUCGGUCUCUUCGCCUGUCUCGCCAUGGGCGUCGGCGCUACUAUACGCGUCGUUCUCGAGUCCCAGGCUUUCGGUCAUCCACCUGAGUCCGUUCAUCUUGUUGGGCCUUCCGAGGGAAACUGGAGUUUUGGGCAGUUGUUACCGUUGCUGUUGUUGGCGUUGCCGGUGAUUAGUACGAUUGAGAUUGCGAGGGGGGAGGAGCUUAAGCCGAGGAGUAGGGUUGAUGAUGAUAGUGUGCCGCUUUUUGCGGGCGGGGGUGGGAAUGAUAUGGAGUUUCAGCCUAAUCCGCUGGUGGGGAGUGCGACGAGUUUGUUUAGGAAGUAG